ACUCGCGUGUGCUGUUACUUUCCUCAUCAUACGUGUUUUGCGUCGUCAUGACAACAUCGUAGCGUUGAUAAUCGAUGAUGCUAUUGCGCUGCUACUACUCUGUGUGAAAGAGCUAAGUAGUGCGUAAGUAAUGUCGGCAUUGUUCGUUAACGAAUAUCGUACUACGCUCUCAUUGCGCAUUAUCCCCGAUGGAUCGCUUCUGCAACAGCUUCGGCAGACUGGACGACCUCCAUUUAGCAAGGCCAAUAUGUUAUUUACAUUUCGCAGCAUGAUGAUGGAUUAAUUAGUGGCUCUUUACGUCAGCGACAAUGCAUGAAUUAAGACCAAUGUCUUAAUUAGAGACGAGAAACUCGAUGGCAUCGGGGAAAAAAUGGAAAUUAUGUUUUACCAAGAAAAUGUUAUGAAUCAUUUGACGGUAGUACACGAUAACACGUUUAUAACACGUGUCAGCAUAAAAGUUGCCUCCAACAGUGAGAGUGAUCAAGUCAUAACAGCCAUCGACGUAAUUUGCUGAUAGAAGCUCCAAAAGUAGUAAAGGUCAAAACAUAUUUUAGGGCAGGUACAACCUUUAUACGAAUCGUGCUCGAUCAGCAUAUACAACAACGCUCGAAAGGGCAAUGAGCAAAACGAUCUUGAAAAUAUUGAAUAACUCAUAAAAUCCUGCGGAGAAGCUUGCGCGAGGAGGACCAAUUUUUUCGCUUUCAUACGACUUACAGCUCGACAGAAAAAAAAAUCCGUCGGGUGCACGUAUGUAGGCAUAUAGGUGUAUGUGAAUCGGCACGUGAGCUGGAGGUGGGCAAUGCCAUCAGGCGCGUGUCACGCCUUCAAGUGUCGAAAUUCACUUCACAUAGGUGAAUCGGACGGGGAAGAUUUUGCAAACGACGCGCGCUAUCAGACACCCACACACGUAUGAGGCGGUCGAAACCUGCUGCAGUUUACCGACGUACAGAAUCUAAUCUUCCGUCAACGGCGUCAGUCAUGUCGCGCAUCUCAGUACCUGUCCUUACGUCGUUGCUGCUGCUGCUGGUGUUGCCUCGAAAUUCUGCAGCGACGAUAAAAAAACAGCAGCUAAAAAAGCUGCAAGAGUCUGGACGAGGUGCUGCUUGAAAAGUACGUGACCGAGCAGGAACGGUCCUCAAGCGACAACGACGUGAACGAGAAUGCAUCAGCGACGCCUCUGCCCUCCGCCUCCUCGACUGACUCCAACUGGCUUGGUUUGUACUUACUACUUGAGGAUCGUGUUGAACAAUUGUGUAACAGCAAGCUUUACAUACUUUUGAAUGAACGAUACUCGGAACAGAAUCGGCAGGACAAAGCAACAACGACUGCGGUUCCGACGAUGGUGGCAGCUGAAGAUCAACAAGCGAAUAAUGUAACACUGAGCUCAACAGCGCAGAAGAGAAGCACUUGGAUUAAUGCGAGCACCAGCAGCCUCAUGUACAAUAAUGUUGAGUCGAGUGGAAAGUUCUUCUUGAAGAAAGAAAAAGACUCAACGACGUCUUAUGACGAUUCGUUGUCGUCGAUUCUCCCGGGGAAUUUCAAUCAGACUUUCACUAUCGCCGAUAACGAGGCAAGCGGAAACAACUCCAACGAAACUUUCGCCCGCGACAAUGAAGACGAAUCGUACAGAAAUGAGGCAAUACACGCGGACAGUAAGGAGAAAUUUCAGCAACACAAGCAGCCGCCACUUGACCAAGACGUCGAUCCGACUGCCAAGAAGUUUUUUAAGUUGGAAGAUGAAAUUGUCGAUGUGCCGAAAAAUGACUCGAUAGAGAUCGAUGGAAAUAGUACCACUGAUGAACACGAUGAAAUGGUAGAAAACUUUCUUACGAAUGAGAAUAGUGAGGCUCUUAAUGAUACUGUGAGUGAACACGAUGAUAUCGUCGAUCAUUUCUUCGCGAACGAGGAGGAAAGAUUUUCAGUAAGUGAAUUUUUAAGUAAGAAUUGGACGAAAGCAUUAAGUGAAGAGAACGACCUCGUAGGUGACAAAUUCGUCGACGAUUUCUUUGCAAACGAGAACGAAAGUUUUUCUGUAAGUGAUUUUGUAAAUAGCAAUUCAACGGAGACAUUAAGUGGGGAGGAUUCAUCUGCGGAUAAAAAAUUCGUCGACGCUUUUUUCGCUAAUGAGAGCGAAGAUCUUUCUGGAAGCGGAAUUGGAGUAAUGCCGCAUCUCAACGAAGUACUUGACGAAAGCCAAAAUAAUAAUACUACGAGUGAACGCCACGAGUUAGUGGAUGAUUUCUUUGCGUCUGAGAACGAGAAUCUCAACAGUAAUGGGAUUGGAAGCGAAGAGUCGAAUAAAGAUUUUACAGGGACGUUCGAUGACAAACCCAAUAAUAAUAAUACCACAAGUAGCGAGUUUAAUUCAACAAAAAGCCCAGACGACGGUUCAUCCAACAGCAGCGUGGAGUUGACUCUCAGUAUGGAGCAUUUCUUCAGUAAUGAAAAUGAAAACUCAACGAAUUGGAAAGAUUUGACGAGUAAUAUCGAAAGCGAAAAUUCAACAAUCUCUCAAGAGGACUCACUGACAAAGAGUAGCACUGAAUGGUUCGACGAGGCAAACGUUACUUCUUCGGAAAUAGCACAAGUCGCAAAUUUUUCCAACGACAGCAGUAGCAGUGAGUUAUGCUUAUCAAAGUUGGAAAACUCGACCGAGAUUCUGGAUUCCAGCGAAUUAGUAUCGUCUAAGGAGUUUAUCGAGGUGACGAUAAGCAACGAGGAUAAGAAUGCAACAGCAGCACAGCCGAGAACGUAUGCAAAUGAGACUGCCGCUCCUUCGAUAAAUCGAAUGGAAGAUCGAUCAACGAAAUAUGCCGAUACAGGGGAUCGGAACAGAGCCGGCCAUGCACCGUCAAGCAGCGAUGAUUUAUUCAAGGAGACGACGACUGCUGCUGCUCCUGCUGCUGCGAUGACGACGGCGAGCUUGGAUGAUUGGGGUAGCACGAUAGCAUUGAUCGAGUCCCAUGCGGACGAGAAAGUGUCAGAGGAAGCAGCAACGGUGCAACGUCGGAGGCGUAACAUCCUGAUGACUUUUCAAGGCGACGAAGCGAGCGUCGACGUCGCGUCAGCCGGCAAAUUAAGAGCGCCCGAGGCAACGUCGUCGUCAGUUCGGUUAGUCAACGGCAGCACUGGCGCAUGGGAAUCGUCGAGGAUGGACUCCUCGCCUAUUACUCUAGCGUCCUCGAGGAAUCGGCCAUCCAGGAUUAUCACUAGCGAAAUGAAUAAAGGCAGCGCUGCCGAACUCCAGAGGCAAUAUCGAACUUUCCUUCUUAGCUUGCGGUCCAGACAAACGCAAUUUGCCGAAAAAAGGGAUAGCCUCGGCAGUCAAGCAUGGACCAAGAAGAAUCAAUGAAAUCCCAAAGAUCUUCGUCCCAUCUCUAUUAUUACAUCGAAAAAGAGUCGCGUCAAAUAUAAUCAAUAUUCAUAACCAGUGCAGCCAGCGAAGUUUACGACUUAGAGGACAUCUAGUAUGCAUCGAAUCAGCUGAAGUAACCGAAAAGAAACGAUGACGUGGAGUUCCUCUUUUUACGAUGAUCGGAGGAGAGAACAAAAAAUUCCGACACACACACACACACGCGCGCGCGUGUGCUCUCCUUGGGUUCGAUCUAUAUGCAUGCGAUCCGCCUUGUCCUCGGCCUGUGUGCUGUUAUCUUUCCUCGUCAACGAACGCGCGCGUUUAUGGUUCACAGGUGACCAAAGACGCGCGCCGCAUAAAUGUGUACUUUACGAGAACCCAUAGGUAUAGUUUACGAUGGCCAAAAGACGGAGGAGCAGCCUUUGCAUGUGACACUUAUGUGCGGUUAGGCUUUAUUGCGAAUACAGGGAUAAGGCCGUAUUGACGAACAGAAAAGGAAAUCAUCGCGUGGGAGAUUGAUGACCUUGAGAGCAAAAGAUUAUUAUUAGACGAGUUCUCGCGCGUCAAAUGAUGAGCUACCGCCUGAAAUAUGCACAAGGUCUUUUCUGCCGCUCGACGCGAGUUCUUCUUAUUUUCUUCGUCUCACUUGCAUUCGUAAAAAAAAUGCAGAAGAGGGGGGAGGUGAUACGCGAUAGGUGAUAGGCGAUAGCCGAUAGGCAGUAGACGGUAGACUAGAGGAGUUUCAUUUGGAUAUCGAUUGCGACAGCGAGGUUACGCGACGUAUUUAUCGAUCGGAAAUGGGAAAUUGGUUGUGCCUUCAAUCCUCGCGCGGAAUUCUUUUAAGAUUGAAAAUUGAUUUUCGAUAUAUCUGGCUUUCUUUUGUGCAGUGAGCACAAAGUUUAACAAAACCGUAGAAUAUAUAUGCAUACUCCCGAUGCGAAAUCCAUGUAGGUAUGGCAAAAGUGAUAAUGAAGUUUGCUUCGCGUGGAUUUAUAAAGCAGCGUCCGUGAACCGUGUUUGAUGGCAAAUGUCAUUCGAAUUUCACGAAAUACUGCAUUUCAUCCGUUCCCAUGCACGACAGAAAUGAAUUUAUUAUUAUUCCUUAAUUUUGAUGGCUUCAAAUUGUUUGCAGAAAAGCGACGAAAUCUCUAUUCACAUGUAAAUUUUUUUCAAUUGUAACAAUACAUUUGCGUGCUCUUGUAAAAGAAACUCCCGUCAUUCCAUCCCGAAUGAACCUCAAAUCCCCUUGUGUGUGUGUACAAUUGCUCGUAUAUAGCUUAUAAAUAAACAUGAGAAGCAUUUGAGA